UUUUUUUUUUCCCCUUCACAAUUAGAUAAAAUUAAAGUCUGAAGCUACCGCUUUUGUCUUGUGAUCUCAUCAAAUAUAUAAUUAAAAAAAAGCUUCAGCCUUCAGCAUCUUUCCUCUUUCAUUCUGCCUUCCUAUCCUCCAAGUACUGUUCCUUCUCUCUUCAACUUCACUUUGCUUCCUCUCAAGCCCACAGAUCUCCCCCGCUCUAAAGCUCAGAUCACUUCCAAGCAGGAUUUGAACUUCCGUGGAUAGUCAUGCAGGAAGCAUCUCCUGCCUCUGCUCCCAGUGCCCAACUUGUUGGCAAUGCCUUUGUGGAGCAAUAUUACCAUAUUCUUCAUGAAUCCCCACAAUUAGUGCAUAGGUUUUAUCAGGAUUCCAGCUCUCUUAGCAGGACAGAUGUCAAUGGCAAUAUGGCAACAGUGACAACUAUGCAAGCAAUAAGUCAAAAAAUUCAGUCCUUAAAUUAUGGAGACUAUACGGCAGAAAUAAAAACCGCAGAUUCUCAGGAGUCUUAUGAGAAAGGAGUGAUUGUUCUCGUCACCGGAUGCUUGACUGGAAAGGACAAUGUGGGAAGAAAAUUUGCCCAAACAUUCUUUCUAGCUCCACAGGAGAAGGGGUAUUAUGUCUUAAAUGAUGUUUUUAGGUAUAUUGAGGACAAUGAAUCUUUGCAGACCAAUAAUGUCUUGGUUAACGGCAUCAAUGAAAGUGCUCCAGAAGCUAUCUUGACAGCAGAACCAGAGCCUACUCACGCUCCUGAUCAUCUUGUGGUGGAUCAUGCAACUUCCUUUGAGGAAGAGGAUCUCAAUAAUGGUCCCGAAGUUUGUGAUCCUUCAGAUAAUGAUGAAGGAUCAGUUAUUGAAGAAGAGAUUGUGGAGCCCCCAGCUUACUCAAGUCAGAAUCAAGGUCUUGCAGAUAUUGAUCCAACCCCUGAUCCUGCCCCUGAAACCCAGGAGGAUGUUCCAAAGAAAUCAUAUGCAUCAAUUGUAAUGAAAAGUAAUGCUGCAUCCAGUCCUGUCCGUGUGCCUACCCGCACUGUGAGGACAAUAUCUGCAAACACCGACCAUCAAUCCCUUGGUUAUGCAAAACCAGCUCCUGCACCAGUGGCAUCAGCUCCUAGUGGUGAUGCUGCCCCUGAAAGCAGCAAUGCUCAUGAGGAAGAAGGUCACUCCAUACAUGUACGGAAUUUGCCAUAUGAUGCAACAGUGGGACAACUUGAGAAGGAGUUUAAGAAAUUUGGACCUAUUAAGCGUGAUGGGAUCCAAGUCAGGAGUAGUAAGCAAGGAUUCUGCUUUGGCUUUGUUGAAUUUGAGACUUUGAGUUCCAUGCAAAGUGCACUUGAGGCUUCACCUAUCACCAUCGGGGACCGCCCGGCAGUGAUCGAGGAAAAGAGAACCACAACUCGAGUUAGCAGUGGUGGGAGAGGAAGGUUCUCUUCAGGAAGAGCUGGCUUUCGGAGUGACACUUUCAGAGGUCGUGGGAACUAUGGUGGUGGCCGUAGCUAUGGCAGGAAUGAAUUCAGAAACCAGGGUGAGUUUUCUGGCCGAGCCAGGGGUUCAGCUGGACGAAAUGGAGAGGGUUAUCAGCGGGUGAAUCUGAAUGGAAGGGGUGGUGGACGUCAAGGUGCGGCAAACCGCAGUUCUGUUCCUGCUUGAAAAGUGGUGGAUAGACAAUUUUUUUCACACGACAAGAGGGUCACCUUUUUUAACCCCUUCUCUCCUUCAAUUGCAAUUUGUUGGAUAAAAAGAGUUGUAUUGGAACUAUCAGAAAUUUAGGUUAUUUUGUUUGUUAUAAUUGCGAGUUUCUGUUAAGAAUUUUUCUUUUCUUUUCUUUUUGAUAACCUGUAUUUUCUUAGAUUAUUUUAUAGAGCUUACAUGGCGUGAGUAAGUUGUGUCAGUUCAAUGUAUGUCUAUGAAUCCAAAUCUAUAUAUUCUGUUAUUUUGGUCA